AUUACCUGGGUCCAGGUUCCUCCUGGAAAGAGGUGGAGCUGAGCCUGCCCCUGGGCUUCUGGCUGCCUCAGGCCUGGGCUCCCCACUAUGGCCCUGCCCCCACACCUGGGCCCUACACCCCCCUCAGAGCCCUUCAGCCACCCGCCUGGAGCCCCUAGGGAACUGAACGCAUCUGGAUGCACCAUCUGCUCUGCCUCUGAAGAGGAGAGAAUCAGGUCAGAACAGGCCCAGAAGCUGGGGCAGGACUCCUUGGACCCUCCCGAGCCCUUCCAGGGUGGGCCGAGGGGCACUGAGCCUGCUGCUGGCCUCCCCAGAUUACCAACGCCCCCUUCUCAUGAGGACUCGGCUGGGGCCAAACACCGUGAGCACCCCGUCUCUGGCCGGGAAGUACUGGAGGCUGAGCAGGACAGCCUGCAUCUUUGCCUUUUGGGGCUGGGCCUCCGGCUGCAGGACCUGGAGCAAGGCCUGGGGCCCUGGGCAUCAGCCCAGAGCAGGAUGGUCCAGCUGCAGGCCCUACAGGCAGACCUGCGUGGGGCAGCUGAGCGUUUAGAUGCACUGCUGGUGUUCGGUGAGGGGCUGGCACAGCGGAGCGAGCCUCAGGCCCGGGCAUCCCUGGAGCAGGUCCUGAGGGCCUUCAGAGCCCACCGAGACAGCAUCUUCCGGCAGCUGUGGCGGCUGCAGGCCCAGCUGGUCAGCUACAGCCUGGUGUUUGAGGAGGCCAGCACACUGGAGCAGGACUUGGAGGUCGAGGGGGACUCAGACGGGCCAGGACCUGGUGGGGUCUGGGGGCCCUGGGCACCCAGUAGCCUCCCCACUCCCGCAGAGUUGGAGUGGGACCCGGCGGGGGACGUUGGGGGCCUCGGGCCUUUGGGGCAAAGGACAGCCUGGACACCAGGGACUCCCUGUGAGCUGUGUGGCCGCAGGGGCCCCCAGGGCAGGGGACAAAGCCUUGAGGUGAGAGCAGGUGGGGUCACCUCCCCCCAGGCACCCAAGGGACCCUCUGUGUGUCUCCUAGCAGGGCCCUUUUUCCCUUUUGAGGAGGUCUUCAUGGCUCUGUCUCUCCCGGUGUCUCUUUUGCUUUUGGUGUCUCAGUGGUCUCCUCCCUCUCCCCCUCUGCCUCUCUUGGCCUCCAGGUGUCUCUGUUGUACCUAUAUUUCCUCAUUUCCUCUCACUCUCCCCCUCACUCACCCCACCGCAGCCACACUAGCCUCCUGGCGCUUCAAAUAUUCCAAAUACACUCCCAUCUCAAAGCCCCCACAGGCACACCGAGCUCACCUCCUCACUUCAUUCCAUCCAGUCUCUCCUCAAAUGUUACCUCUUCAGAGAGGCCUGCCCUGGCCUCCAAACAUUAUCACUCCUUAUCCUCUUACUUUAUUUCCAAACAGCAUUUACCACGUCUUGACAUUAUACAUUUAUUAACUUAUGGUCUCUCUCUCUCCUGCUAGAAUAUAAACUCAGUGGACGCCAGGACUUUGCCUGUUUCCAUGCUCACAGUAUCCCCAGCUCCUAGAACAGUACCUGGCAUGUAACAG